UAUUCAUAGCUCGUGUUUGUGAUUAUGGUGUAGAAGAACCUACGAAUCUGUCAACUAUGUUUUUCGAUGAAAAUUCGUCGAAAUAGUGAAAAGCGAGCGACUUUUCUAUUUUGAAAUAGUAGAAGUAGUAUUUUCGUUGAAACGUGACUGAGUUAUGUUAAUUUUUUAGAUGCUCUCGUGAACAGUAAAGGAGGCAUUCAAUAAUGGUAUUGGGAAAUGUGAAAAACAGUAGUGUUGUGGAAUGAAAAGUGGCCGUCUGGUGACUCCAAAGUGGCUGCUCGUCGUGUAUAUAUAGGGCGAUUUUUGGAUUUUCGUUUUUCAUACUUUGAUGUCUGACAGCUUACGCGUAAUUCGUUACAUGGGUUAAAAAUGUUCAUGAAUGACUUUUUCACUGAGAUAUACAAUGUGUAAAGUCCAGCGGAUACAUUAGGACGUCUUAAAGAUGAUCCGAUUCUCAUUGACAACCAUAGUGUUCACUUUAUUUGCAAAUAGAUUACUCCUGGAUUUUGUAGUUAGCGGAAUGGAUAACAUUGAUUUUGUUAGAAAAAACGAUGAGAGCAGCAUCAGACCUAAAAUGGAAUCAUUGUUCGGAUCUCCGGGUGAUAGUACUCAGCCAAUAUUUUCGGAUGGCAUAGAUGCUACUUACUUCGUUGUAGCUUUGCAUGGAGGAGCAAAAUUGUGGGGAAGAUCAUUAACUAGAACGCUUCUGGAUAUGGGAGCACCAUUCUCUAAUCCAAAGGGUCCACCGUUGAAGCCACUAAUAGUUGAACUACAAUCUGACGGAAGGUUUUCUUCAACCCUUCUCAAGACAUUGUGUGACCUUAUUGAUGGAACACCCAUAGUGGGAAUAGUGGUCAUAGGAGAUGGACAAGCAGCAAAAAUGAUCGCAUUUGCAGGAAGUGCAAUGAAAGUACCUGUUCUAUGGGCGAGAGGAGGAAUGGCGUCUUUUCAAUCCACAGCAAACGAGCACAUGUCUACUUUCCAAGCAAUAUUGUACCCUUCCGCACGUCAAAUUCUGGAGGCUUUAAGAUCAUUGCUACUACAGGCGCAUUGGUAUUCGUUUUACAUAUUAUCGGACAUAAAAACUACAACUUUGCUGGCUGGUUCUGAAGGAUUUGUUUUGAAACGAAAACCACUUCAUCCAACCAUUCUUCAACUUCCAAUAGAGGACGAAUUUAUAUAUCGGCAAUUGGCAAUCAUUUCGAAAUCUACCAGAGGUAUUGUGAUAUUAUUAUGUGAACUCCAUGUAGCCCGUCGUAUACUUUUCGAAGCGAAGCGGAUGAAAAUGCUCAAUGGACACUUCAUAUGGCUGUGGGCGAAUACUGUACUUCAUACAAACCUUCAUGAUUCUGCACAGAUGCCUUUUGGAAUAUUUGGUAUGGAUGCUGAGGAGGAGAUUACCAAACAUGCAAACAAUCCAUUCCGAUCAGUUAAAACAGAACUUGAAGAGGAUUUUUACGACACUUCAGAUAUCAUUCGUCAGUCACAUAUUGCCGAUUUGGUUGAACGUAAAAUGGAUUUUGAAUAUUUCCUCCUUAAAAACAAGAAAAACUAUACAGAUAGUAAGAAAAAUAUUGACCAUCUAAACGAUGAUAAUAACAAUUCAUUGAAUUUGAAAAAUGGAUAUCGGAACGCCAAAGAAGAUAAACACAACAAUCGGACUAUGAUUGAUCAAAAAUAUGUAUUGAAUGGAAGCUUCCAUUUAUCUUUUAUUGAUGAUUAUUCUCCAUUUGAAGAUGACGGUGCAAACAUGCGUAAAAAUAGAAGUCGAAAUGUCAAUCCAUCUAAUGGUGCUACCUUAACAUUCAUCGGUACAAGUCCAAACGAUCGCAAUCACAAGGACAGAAUUCCUACAGAGAACAACGAAUUAUUUGAUUGGACGACAGAAAAACAAAAGAAUGCGGGUUUGAAAAUAAAACGUACUAAAAACUUUCUUAAGCAAUACAAUGCCUCCUCGUAUGUGCUUUUUCACCACUUUCAAGAUUUUCCUGUUGGACUUCUUGCAUUGAGAGCAGUGUCAAUGAAAUUGGAUCGUCAUAUGAUUCGUUCUACAAUUCGAUUAUUUGCAUCUACGUGGGCCAAGGUAGAACAAGAAGACUAUGCAGCGCGGAAGCUUUUGCAAUCUCGAGAAAAACUAAUAGUUAAAUCAAAUCAACGUUCUGACCAUUCCCAGAAGUAUAAGCGAUCCGUAUUUAACAAAACUUAUGAAAGUUAUGCGGAAAUUGUAACAAGUUAUAAUAGCAGAAUUAAGGAAAAUGAUGUUAACAACAACAAAACCUUGGAAUAUAGUGGCAAUAAUGAUAUUACUAAUAAACGACUGUUAGAUGUUGACACUGAAACAAUUAGCACAGAAAACAUUUAUAUAAGUGAUAGAAACGAUAGAGUAAAUAAAACCAUAGCAAAAACAUCCCAGAAGAAGAAACGUCGGCAAUCGUGGUGGUCUACGAAAGAUCAUAGUGAAUCAAUCAAGAAUUUACGUUCAUACAAUGAUGGGAAUAGCUCAUAUCGAAAUGGUUGCUUCGGAACGGCUAGUUGUGAUAAUAUAAGAAAGAAUAAAUUAUUCACGAGGUACUUACAGGAAGCCGUUGCCAGAGGCUUAUCAGGACAACCGAUUAUAGAUGGUGUAGCGGAGAAGUCAUUCAUCACACAUUUUGAGCUACUCAACCUAGUUCCUAUAAUAAAGCGAAACCCGAUAAAAUAUGAUAAGAAUCAAGAGACCGCGAGUGAUCAUUUUACUGAUACCAACUUCACUAAAUGGCGACGUGUUGGAUUCAUAUCUGGGAGAGUGGUUAACCUUGAUACCAUAGUGUGGCCGAAUGGUGAUAUUGUAGUCGCUGGUCUUACAUCAAAAGCACGAUCGGUCUUUCGUGUAGUGAUUGCGUUAGCUCCACCUUUCGUUAUGGAAACCGAGCUAGGAGAGCACGGACAAUGUUUACGAGGGCUUAUAUGCUAUAAGAUCCAUGUUACCGGAAGGCAAAAUUUAACACAAAUGUUUAACCAAAUUGAAACUGAAACCAGGCACAAUAGACCCGGAGAAUCCGAUAAAAUUAUUAAAAAAUCAUCAUCGAACAACUUCUACAGUGUAAGAUGUUGUUAUGGAUUAUCGAUGGAUUUAUUGCAAAAAGUUGCUCGAGAUAUCGGCUUCGAAUUUCAUCUGUACAUAGUCCAUGAUGGUCUAUUUGGUCGGAAGAUACCAUCCUUGACUGAUUCAUCACCGGCACCCAAAAAAGAAACUAAGAAAAGAGUUCAGUUUUCAAAAUUCGACGCUCAAUCUGGAAGAAGUCUAAAGCGCGGUUCUAAGUUGUUACGAAUUAUGGAUAUUGAGCAGGAAGCUAUGAAUGCUCGAGUACAACCUGAACCACAUAUAAAAAAACUAAAACGAUCUAAAAUUGAAUGGAAUGGUAUUAUAGGCGAUCUAGCAACUGGGAGUGCUGAUAUGUCCUUUGCUCCACUGACGAUAUCCAAAGAACGGGCGGAGAUAAUAGAUUUUACAGUACCGUUUUUUCACGGAGGAGUUUCCCUGCUCGCUGCACCACAAUCGGUUCCUGAUGUCCCACUUUUCGUAUUCCUCUUGCCAUUUUCACCGGAACUAUGGAUUGCCAUUUUUACAUCAUUAAACAUAACGGCUAUUGCUGUUGCCAUAUAUGAGUGGUUAAGUCCAUUCGGGUUGAAUCCGUGGGGUAGACAGCGGAGCAAAAACUUUAGUAUAUCGUCAGCUCUAUGGGUGAUGUGGGGGCUACUAUGUGGACACUUAGUUGCAUUCAAGGCUCCAAAAUCCUGGCCCAAUAAAUUUCUGAUUAAUGUUUGGGGAGGAUUCAGCGUCAUAUUCAUUGCCUCAUACACAGCUAACAUAGCUGCAUUGAUAGCAGGUCUUUUCUUUCAUAACGAAGCAGGAAGCUACAGUGGACCGCUUUUGAAGCAUCGAGUUGGAGCACCAUAUGCCACCGCAGCAGAAUCUUACAUACAGCGUAACGAUGCGAUUCUAUGGGAGCACAUGAAAAAAUACCAACUUAUGAGUAUUCAAGAAGGAAUUGAAAGAUUAAAGAACGGUACUAUCGAUUUGCUGAUGGCGGAUUCUCCAAUCUUGGAUUAUUAUCGGGCCACCGAUCAGGGCUGUUCUUUUCAAAGAGUUGGUGAUACCUAUGUGGAUAAUGCCUAUGCAAUUGGGAUGAGUAAGGGGUUUCCGUUGAAAGAAACGAUUUCCGCUCUAAUCUCUAAAUAUUCGAGUGACGGUUAUUUGGAUAUAUUGACGGAAAAAUGGUAUGGAGGAUUGUCUUGCUACAAAAUGGACCGUGAAAUUGUUCAGCCUAGACCGCUUGGAGUAGCGGCGGUUGCAGGAGUUUUCAUUUUGCUUGGUUUGGGAAUGAUAUUGGGUUUAGUAAUAUUACUUUUUGAACACUUGUUUUAUAAAUAUACUCUACCGAUUCUACGGCAUCAACCGAGUAACACGAUAUGGAGAAGCAGAAAUAUUAUGUUUUUCAGUCAAAAGUUAUAUCGAUUCAUAAAUUGCGCUGAACUUGUUUCCCCACAUCAUGCCGCGAAAGAACUAGUUCAUAGCAUACGGCAAGGACAAAUUACUAGUUUGUUCCAGAAAAGCAUAAAAAGGAAGGAAGACGAACAAAGACGACGACGCAAAAGUAAAGCCCAAUUUUUCGAUAUGAUACAGGAGAUAAGAAGGGUUCAACAAGAAGAGCGUGACACGACAACCCCGAUGUUAACGAUGGAUGAAAAAUCCAAGUCUUCACUAGAGACGACAAUGACACCGAAGAAAAAAGUUAAACAGAGCCCCAAAAUGAGUAUUUUUGGCAUAGGAAUAAGUAGCUCUAACCCUUCGAUGUUGAAUAUUAGGCGAUUUAGCACAGAUAGCGUUUUAAGUGAACGGCUUGAUAAUAUAGGAAGACGUUUGAGUCGAGAUAUGACUAACUCGCCACCUGAUUUUGCUCGUAGGUUUGAGACGUUUGGUAAGCAGAGCGAUGGGGGCGAUAAAUUUGAUACUUAUUCGGGAAAAGAAUCAAAACAAAUUAUGAAUGGAAAGAAGUUUGACACAUUUAGCGGAACAAUCUAUAGUUCCAAAAACGAUGAGGAAAUCGAUCCACAACAGCUGAUGAAAACGUCUACUAAACAAAAUAAAAGGCUGCCAUUAAAUUCCGAACUCUUCGUUCGCAAUAAAAAACAUUCAAAAGGAGAGAGUCGAAAGUUGAUUCCCAUUGAGGAGCGAGUUGCGCACGGUCUUGCACCGGCAUUUGUAGAAACUGAUACCAGUGGUGCUUUGUUACGAGAUAAGUUACAUGAAGAACUUCGCAUGAAAUAUGCUUCCCAAGGUAUAAAUAUUCUUAAAUCAGUAGGUCCACAACAAAAUACAAAGCCUAAUAAAACAGAAAUCAGUAGUGACAUUUCUCAGAGCAAAACAACAAAAAUAUUACACGACAAUUAACUGUAAAUAGGUUAAUUGUAUUUUAUAUUAGAUGAACCAGUAGUCGUCCGUGGUAUUGAUAUUUUGAAUGUGAAUGAAACUCAACAACUGGUUGAUCCUUGAUCCAGGGUAUACAAAGAAUCUCUUACAAUGUUAUUUAAAAUAUAAGAAUCUAUAAAUCUAACUGUUUUGCAAUAGAUAUUCUCUUGAAAAACAUACGGUUGUGUAUAAUUUUUUCUUGUUGUUUUUAUUUUCAAUUAGCUGCAUAAUCUUGUGUAGGAACUUUGAAUUCUAUAUUUUUAUUCUAUAAUUUGUCGAGAAAUAUUUUUUUAGCAAUCAACAUUUCCAACAUUGUGCCAAAAACUAAUAUUUGUGCAAAAUGUUUGAUACACUACUGUGUACAUUUUUCCGAAAAAAAUGGAGAACUUUUUGAAGGUCCCAAUACAAAAACAAAUGAUAUUUUCUCUCACGAGGAAUUUCAAACCUAGGAAAACAUCUGCCGACUAUUUUAAAUAUUUUAGAACAUUGGGAAAUUUAAUGAAUUUCUCCUUUUUGAACUUUUUGACCAAAGUAGUAAUUCUAAACAUAACCAUGUUGCGUGAAAUUAUUUCAGAAGGUACGUCAUAUAGAACUUUCACAAUUUGUCAAAAUCAUGCACAAAAUCAAAUAUUGCCACUGUUUGAAUAUUUUCAUAGACCCGAAAUGAUGCACAUAAAAAUAGUUGUUUGAGUUACGUGGUUGUAUUGUUUAUUGUUGCAAUAUAAUGUUGGUCAGAUGAACUACGAACGAUUGUUUAGUGAGGAUAUAUUUAACGAUAAAAACAGCCAAAAGAAGGUAUACAUAUAUUUACAAAAUAUAUGUUUUAUGCAGAUUGGAAAAACAGUUUGACGAAGUUUGUAUACUCGUAGGGAGAUUUUUUAUUUCUAAACGUUAACAUGCGAAGAACAUAUAUUUUUAGGUCCUAAUGCUGAAACAGCGAAACGCUUGUUAAACAUCGAACUUGUGACGGAGCUCCACUCGAACUAUCUCCGACAUCUAAUUAUUUGUGUGCUCAUGUUUUAGUCAAAUUAGAGACGUUUUUCUGAAAAUGGAAGAUUACUAAUAAGAUAUGAAUACCGAUUGAUUAUCAAUGAUUUACUGCCAAUUUGUAGUCGAAAUAAGAGGUAGAAUGAUAAAACGUUCAAA